GACUGUGUCGGGGAGCAGCGACAGGCUUCCAGCGGUGGAGCGGCUCGUGCUGCUCGUGUGUGCCAUAGGGGCCACUGCCGGACACGACACGACACGACACGGUCGCAGUAGUGCGCGUUCGUUUACAAGAUGGCAGACGACGGCCCGUCCGCGGCGGAGGACGCGACCGCGGCGGCAGCGGCGACGGAGGACGGACGUGAUUCUCGCGUGACGAGGGAGCGGCACAAACGCGCGGACGCCACCGCGCCGAUCGCGUCUUCGAGCGCUCGGAGUACGUCGGGCCAGGACGCUUCUGCCGCGAAGCGCGUCGGGCACGAGGACGCCUCUGCCGCGUCCCCGUACGAUCGAAUCGAGUCGGGCGAUCAUCGCGGCUCGCAUCAAGACGCCCGCCGUGUCCAUCACCGUCAUCAUCAGCAUUAUCCUCCUCGUCAUUCUCACCAUCACCAGCAUCAUCAUUCACCAUCAUCGCCACAAGCAUCUCUUCAUUGUCAUCACCACUUUAAUCCUCAUCGCCUCACCAAUCGUUGCAACAAUAACAACGACGAGGACGAGGACGACGACGAGGAGGACGGGGACGAAGACGACGAGGACGGGGACGACGACAACAACAACGAUCGUAGUGCCGCGUCGACGACCGGUGGUGGUGACUCGUCGUCGUGCGUCGACGCGACUGGGCGAAACGCGAGCGACGACGAGGAGAGCAGCAGCAGCGGCAACGGUGGCGUCGGCGUCGACGGCAGUGGCGGCGGCGGUGUCGGCGGCGGUGGCAGUGUCGGUCCGUACCACGGUGAUGUUAGAAUCGAGGUAGUCCGUAGCGUCGUGGAAGAGGACGACGACGAGGAGGAGGAAGACGAGGACGAGGAGGAAGAAGCGCGAGUGCAGGGCGACGGCGGCGUCGAUAGUGACUGCGAAGGUGAUAGUGCUGGCGGUAAUAGUAUUAGCGGUAGUAAAAGUGGUGCUGGUGGUGCUGCGGCGAUCCCGACCGGUGGCGAUAAUAAUAACGCGACGAUGCGCGUCGGUGUCGUUGUCGAGGACGCCGACGCCGCGACCGACGACUCGCCGUCGGGCGCGGACGAUGUGCCGGAAGUGAACGACCGCGGGGAUCACCGCGACGGUAGAAGACGCGCGUGGACCGCGUCGGGAUCGUCGGACGGCGGGGCGAGGGAAACCGAGGAUGCCGCCGUGACGACGACAACGACCACCACGACGACAACGAUGACGACAACGUUGUCGACGCCGAUGACGACGACAACGACGACGGACAACGCUGGCGGGAGUGGCGGCGUUGCGGCGUCUACUAGGCAUCAGGGCAGCCCGUUCAAGGGACAGGUUAGGACGGCCGAGGACACCCUCGUCGGGCCCUGCGGCAAGAAGCGGUGCGCGGAUCGAUACGACAGCUCCGAAAGCUCUGACAGUGGCGUCGCCGUGUCUUGUGGGGAAUGCAGCAGCAGCGGCACCAGCGAUAUCACGGAACCGGGUUCGCCGUGCAGCACCAGCAGCGACGAAGGGGUAACUGCGGUACGCGGCACGUCCGCCAGUCCGUUGCCGUCCCUGCCCAAGCUGGCGCCGCCGUUGCAGAACAGCACCAGGCUCCCGUGGCCCUGGGCCCCGCCGUUGGGGGCGACCGCCUGCUCAACCACCGCGUACAAGAGACUGAGAGGCGAGCCAGAAGCUGGUGCCGUUCCGCGGUCCGGGGCUGCCGAUCCCACCUCCAGGAACAUCGUCAAAGUGAACGGAAAGACUGCUAGCAGCCAGCAUCAUCACGAUCAGUCCCAGGGCAAGAUCACGGAGUACUUUAAGACGCAGAUCAAGCCGCAGCAGCCGAAGAUCAAGAAAACGAGCGAAACGAUGCCUGCACUGGUAGCGAAGAACUCAUCGGAAUUUCGAAGGCCACCUACGGUACAACGAAACAAGGGUGGCCUCGCCAAGUACUUGGGUACCGUAUCGAGCAAUAAUCCGAGUCGCGGUACCUCGACCAACGAUUGGGAAGUGAGAACGUUGACGAUGUCGCCGUCGGCGGUCGCGAAGAAACCGCCGCUGGUCAUCGUGCCAAGGGCCAAUGGCAAGAUGGACAAGAAACUGCCGAAGCCACUGCCAAGCCUGCCGAUCUCGAACGACGUGCUGAAAAAUCUGCCCAAUUGCAAGAUCUCAUCUCUUAGACUAACUUCGGAAGCGAGUAUCAACACGGCUACCAAAUGCAGCUCACCGCCCGCUACCGCCGCUUCGUCGCUGCUGGGUGAGCCAAUGCCGUUGGACUUUAAAGGUUGCAUCCUAUCAAAGCCGCACGUGAACGAGAACAACAACCUAACGAAUGGCUGCGGAGGUAUUCUGGGCGCACUGAGGUUACAGGGCGGUCACGAAUCUCCCAUCUCAAGGCUGUCCCCGCCGUCGGAGGAGGACGGCAAGAGCGAGGAAGCCCAGGCCACACCGGUCGACGAGGACGACGUUGACGAGGAGGAUUCCCGGAGCAGCGAGUCGAAACCAUCGCUGUCGCCCAUCCUCUCGGCGCCUACCACUAUCCGGUUCCCAGCGCGAGCGCCUGAAAAAGACAGACCGCAAGCUACCGACAGCGGAAUCUGCCGUUGGGACAAGUGCGAAGCCAGUUUCGAGUCAGUGGGUGGUCUUCUGGAACAUCUGCAGGCUGCGCACAUCAACACGCAGACCGGCGGCGACAACUUUGUCUGCCAAUGGCAGGGUUGCAAGGUGCAAGGGAGAACCUCGUGUUCCCGACGAUGGCUGGAGAGACACGUUUUGUCUCACGGCGGCAACAAACCCUUCCGCUGCAUCGUCGACGGCUGCGGUUGCAGAUUCAGCUCCCAGACUGCCCUCGAGAGGCACGUGAAUGGUCACUUUAAUCAGCCGGAAACGAGCGGCAGCAGCGGGAGACGCAGUUGCGAGAACGGCGGCAAGCUCGUUAGGAGGAACGGCAAGAAGCUUAGAUAUAGGCGACAACCUUGGUCUGCGAGGCUUUUCGACUAUUUCGACUCGGGAAUAAUGGAAGGUCUCCAGCACAGACUGUUGCAGCUAGCGACAUCGAGGACGCAAGGGCGACUAGCUGAGACGCCAGGAAACUCGAUGGCACUAACUAGUCAAGUUUUAGCAAAGAGGCGGGAAGUGGACGGCAAGACGAAGGUACUGCUGCGAUGGUAUCCCGAAGAUAUAGAACCGGACGAAUGGGUACUAGAAUCCGAAGUACAAAGCACGAAACACAUAGAUAUUCGCAAAGCGGUCGCCAGUAACUUGGACGAGGUGAGUUUGGCUCUCUAUCCGGCGAUGAGCAAUCUCGUGCCGUCGACGACGCGAGUGAAGCAGCGCCGGAAGCCGGUGAAGAACUCGUGAUAAUAUCGACCGAUCGGCCGAACACCAGAACUGACCUAACGAGCGCUUACAUCUGAACCAGAGAAGAAAAACGGAGCGCUGUUUGCGGAACACGCGAGCGGGAGCACGGUCUAUAAGCUUCCUGGUCGGUGAAGACGACGGCCACGUAAGGCGCGAUCUGUCAAGUACGCGAACGUAUCGAGAAAGAGAGGAAGAUCGCGUUUACAAGAUAACACCUAAUUUAGGAGAACGACCAAUCCUUAUCUCGAAUCCAGAUCGAUUAGAAGAUAAGCAUCGUGGCGCCGAAGGAAAUCGCACGAGAAAUUAUAAUCCAGGACGAACCGGGUGGCACGCGGUAGCAGAGUUAAGAACAAAGGGAAAAAGGACACCGUUCAUCCGUUCUUUUUUGUUUGACCCGAACGAGAGCGCUGCAAUGAUUCAGCUGCAACGAGCACGCUCCUUGUCCGCCGUUCAUCGAUGGGUGCAACUUAAUAACGCGCUUAAAUUGAACGGGGAUCCCUGCCACGAGUACCUCGCACAUUUCGAAGCUCGUCGGCCUCGGAAGCGCUAAGUCUGGGCCUCGAAAGUGCCUCACCGUGGAUACGUUUUGUACCGUCUUCUACCGUCGAUCGAGAUCCCAGGGAUAGGAUGCACGGUGGGAACGGUAAUAAUGAUAGUCACGAAGACAAAAAAAAGAAGCGAUAAAAAAUAGGAGAGCAGCCUUUUGCGUAUUUCGUUUGCCAAAGGAAACCGAGGGAGUGCACAGACACAAAAUGUUUAAGCGGUAGUUAACAAUUUAUAAGGAGAUAAUCACUCUGGUGGCCUUAGGAUUCAAUUAAUAUCUAACAUCGGCCCCUUGGCACUUCCGGGAACUGAUGGUAUCCUUACGAUCUCCGACGAUGCCUCGAGAGAAAGAGAUAGAGAGACGAAGAAAGAAGAUGCGUCUACCUCGAUUUACAACACGGUAGGAACUCGCGCCGGCUGUCAUCCUACGAUCAAUAUAAAGAGGAACAAGAUGAAGAGAAAGACAGGAGAAGAAGAAGAUCGUGGACAAUGUGAAGCAGACACAGAAGACUGUAUCGAGAAUGACGAAAAGUCGAGGAAGGGGGUAUUAGGUGAGAGUGUGAGAAUUGGGUACGAAUGAGAGAAAAUGAGAGUGAAAGAAUGAGAGAGGGAGCGAGAGAGUGAGAGAAAGAGAGAGAGACUAUGAUAUUGCUCCAAAUCCGCCGUUAUUUCCCCGAAUGGGGUUGACAGUCUCCCAGGCUUGAUAGCUCGGCACCUAGAUUUCUAUCAAAAAUUAAUCCUCUUCGAUCUUCAUAGGGACGAGCUGAAGGGGCGGAUGUACAAAACGAAAUUAAAGGAAAAGAUAAUGACUUUCAAGGCCCGAGGCAUGCCCGAGCGGGCUCUCAUAAAGUGGGAGUAUCGCGCUUGCCUCGUUUUCGCGCCCGAGAUGUGUUCAAUUUUUCGUGCAUUUCAUCAUCACGUUAUUUUUUAUCUUUCUGCUGAGUCUCGCGCAACACGUUAACGUACGCUCAUCUCACAUCUAAACCCGGUUGCCUUCACGUGCGUUCGCCAGGCGAUGCACGCUGAACGAUAAACGAGCGUAGCUAACGUGCUGCGACUGAUGAGCUGUUACCCUCAAAAGGGGUAAAUCACGAAGGCUGUGCUACAUUUCCCACGGAAUUAAGGAAAUGCUGAGGAGAUGAGCGAGUGACGCGCGCGGCGUCUCCCUCUCGCGAGAACGGUCGUCGCAGUCGUAAAAGAAGUACGAGAUUCAUCUUUACGACUGUGAAUGCGCCUCGCAGGAGUGCCUCGUGGAGGCGGCGGCACCGCGCACGUAUGCAUUAUGCUGCGAAUAAUGGUUCAUGCAAAUUACGAAGGAGAAGGAUACGUGUCGUCGCGCAUGUUAAACGGUCGUGUACGAAUGAGAGAGAGUAAGAGAAAGAGAGAUUAAGAAUGAAAGAGACAGAAUGCAAGGGACCGAGCGUGUGAGAGAGGAAACGUGUGGGAUAAGUGAGACAAGACGGACGGAGACGGAACGUCAUUGCAUACACACCAGCUAAGAAACACUGCCAAUACGAUUGUAAUUAAGAGCCCUACGAUAAUUAAUCGAUUUAAUUAUUCUUAUUAUUAUUAUUAUUAUUAUUAUAGAGUACGAAUGUAAGCGUAUAAUCGAAUAGAUCUCUAGCUGACACGCGAGGGUGGAUGUGUAAGAGGCGGCCGUUCCGACAAUGAGUCGUCGGCGUUACGUCGGCCACCUUGCUCGCGUGUUCGGGUGUUCCAUGCACGUGGCGUACGCGGCGCCGUCGCGAAGCCGCGAGCUGUAAAUGUAAAUACUUAGUUGAAAUUAUCAUAAAACGAAACGGCAUACUACACGAACCCUGGUACUCGUAGCCGCGGGCUUGCCGCUCCUCGCCGCCGAGGCAAGCUCUACUCGUGAGCAUAAAAUAAACUGUCUAAAGAGGACGUGUCUCUCUCUUUCUCUCUAUCCGUUGAUUUUCGAGACGUAGCGUUCCCGCGAGACACGCGUGAUACACACAUACACAUCGUACACACACGGCGGCGACAAAGACGGUGAGAUCCAUGCCUUUCCCCGGAUGGAUCGACAUCACCGAAUAAAAGGAAAAAAAGUAAUAAUGAGAAACGCGUCACUGCCAAAUUCGCGCACUGCCAGCUUCGUCGUUCCAACGACAUUUUGAAUGCGUCUCUAACAUAGCAUCUCUCUCUCCUCUCUCUCUAUUGCACGUGCGUGCGUUCAUGUGCUUCUAACAAUGUUCAUUCGUCGGUUAUACACUUUUGUAUACACGUAUACACCACCCGUACACGGCCUAUACCGCAGCCACCGUUCGUUUUUUCGGAUUUAUAUCCUCCGAGCGCACAUCGCCGUUCACGUGUCGCGCACUGCCAAACUCCGUCAAGCACGCAGCCCAAGGCACUGCCAAUGAGACGUACAAAGCGAGUAGUGAGAGAAGAUACAUCGCCUCUUCUGCCGAGAAGUCUCCGAGGGCGGUUUGGGUUUCAUCCAUGGACGGUUCUUGGGUGCCAUACGAGGUGUCUCGUGAUCGGCGCGUUCCGUUUUCGGGCCGAGAUGCGAUGAAAUGUAAAAAUGACACUCGAGAAACGAGAGACGUGACACGCAGUAGCAUUCGAUGCACCGUGUUCAAGGGUCUUUGAGAAACUGAAGCAGCCUAACGACGUCUCUCGCGCGUCGUUUCGCGUUACUUAAGAAUCAGUCGAGUCUUUCUACUUGUUUCUUGUACUUCACUCUGCCUCGAUCAGUCAGUUCAAUCGCCUACCCUUCGUUCUUUCGUGGCGUGAUCGUUCAUCCGAUCGCUGCUUCUAUCCCUUCACCUCGCCGGUUUUCCCGUCACAAGAUCUCUGCUCGUGCAAGACAUUCGAUUAUCGGUUAAAAAUUCCACCGAUCGGGUAAGGGACCAAUUUCUUACGUGUGAGCAAAGACUCUUCCGCCGUUUCUGGCGCACGCGCUGUCGCCAUUGAGACAGAGAUUAUUGUUUUAUGAAACAGGCGUUGCAAUCAAACCUAAUUGGGUCGAUCUUACUUUGGAGUCGUUCACUCAAUUCGUGCUAAUUUGCGUUUAUUGAUUGCGCGCUGAGCAGAGGUUUUAUUAGGUAUUAAGUUGUGUUCUGCGUUAUUAUUAUUAUUAUCUUCGUAAUAUUUCUCAUAAGCGCAAAGGUGAUCACGAUAGAAAGAGCUUUCGGCUACUUAGUCGCGCUUGAUCUCGUGGAAUUGGAAGUACCGCAGCAAGUAGCAAUGCGAAAAGGAGAGAAGGCUUGAAAGCACUUGUGAGGUCCUUCCAAAUGCAUUGCCAAUUUCUCACGAUGUGAGAUCAAAUUCAUGAAUCAGCAAUACGAAAAUCACGCCAAGGUACAAAAAAGGAAUUAAAUUUUCGAAAUGUUUUUUUUACGAAUCCGAUACGCUAUACUUAACGAUCUUAUACGAUAAGUUUACUCGAGCGAACAUGUUUAAGUCGUUUGUAUUAUAUAAUUUUAUAAUUGGCGAGUCUGUAAUUUUCCGACUUUAAGUAUUCUUUUGUGUGUUAUGUAUUUUCCUUUUGUAAUUAAUCGCGAUUAAGAUAUAUGUAUAUGUGUACACAUACGUGCGUUAAUUGUCGCGAGCCAAGAAAAAUGAACCGACUGCAUUUAGUUCAAAAUGUUUCUCUUUUUUUUUAUCGUUUAUCAUGGCGGUUGUUCGUCGCAUUUUUAGAGCGCUACAUUCGAUAAGCAAAAUUUCUGUUCUGUCGACGAGGUAGAUGUUAAAAAUAUGUGUAUGUGGCCCUGCACACGUUGUAGCUGUGGCAUCUCGUGUAUUUACACCGUUCGUAUCGGCCUGCUGACAAUUCUAAAUUAUCGAUGUAGAACUUUUAAUGAUAAUAAUAAUAAUAAUAAUAAUACGAAAAAGAGACGGAAGGCUGAAAGAGAAGUGUCGGGGACAUGUAAAAGUAACGUGAAUGAUUUGUAUACGCUUUUCUAGCGCACGAAGUCUGACCCGAGUGGAAAUCAUCCCCGUUUCCAUGAUUUUUGGUGUUCUUUUUUUUAUAUGUAUACGUCAUGCGUUUUUUGUAGAAUUAAACUUUAAUCCACGCGAUGCUGCGCAAUGCACUAAAUAAUAUGGAUGUACUUGUAAGGGAGACGCUGUGUAACGUGUUUCGUAAGCUCAUUAGGUCUGUAUUAGCGUUAGGAGAAGGAAAGAAAGAAAAGAAAAAAUACAGCGAAGCAAAAUAUGCGAAUGGUCGUAUUCUUUUUUUUUCUAUUUUUGUGACGGAACUCUGCUGGACACACACGUACACACACAUACACAUCCAUGAAUAUAUAUAUAUAUAUAAUAUCGCCGUAGAUUUACUUCCUUUUUUUGACGAUAAAUGCGAGAAUGUAUGUGUGUAAGAGCGAAAGAAACACUAGCGAUAAUUAAUGUAAUGUAGAACAAAGAAAUGACGGGUGCGAAAGAAAAUAAGAAAGAAAGAGAGAAAAUGUAAAGUGAGAGCAUGUGUGUGAAAAUACGAGACUAGAAAGAAGGAGAGAUAUGAGUCUUGCGACGUUGUAUUUUUGAAAAAAUCUGAGAGAAGCGUUGAAAGGGAAUGCGAAUGAAGUAUCACCUGUGAGAUUCUCGCAUGAAUGACUUGAUCCCCAAUAUCCCAUUGAACGAUUAACAGCACGUAUUCUCCUUGGAGAACGAGUUUCAUCCUUUUCUUCAAUAAGUUGUCCACACGCGAAGAUUCAGGAAACGCGUUCGGGACAAAUUGCACUAAUAGUUCGCACGAAUCGAUAAAGAUUAGCAUUGCAAACUGAAACAUGUGUAAACGAUUAUAAUGCAAUCAGCAAUUCUACACAGUUGAAACUAUUGUGUUUCUCUGAAAAUUCUCGUAACAAGAAAUGUAACACAACAUAAAAUUGUCGCAUUGUAAUUGACCGUUAAAAGCGAGAUAAAAGCGCGCGUAAUGCAAUCUUCGCGUUAAAUGUUAGAGCAUAAAAAGCCGAGAAAACGUAUCUCUACGAGAGUGCGCAAACUCGAGGAUCUCACACGGCAUUGAGACGAAAGAAAGAAUGAGAAUUACACCCUGUCGGCGUGCGAGGGCUCGAUGCGGUUCUCCAGUUUUCGUCAGUCAUUCGUCGUCGUUGACGUACGGGGAUGUAGUAGCGUGUCGAUAGAAGCUGCAGGGCUUGUAGAUGUAUAAAGAAGAAACUGCAACCGGUUGCGAGAGUGAGAGACCAUCGCGUCGGAUAUUAUUUUGAGUGGACGACGGGAGGAUGGUUGGGAGUAUGUAAUUUUCGAUGGGAUUUCCCGUCCCGGCUCCGAACUGUAUAUAAAUAAUUAAAUGUAACGCGAUAUACAAAGACUCCCCACCCCCCGAGAUAUGUGCAUAAGUAUAGCUUAUUACAGAUAUAGUGUUUGCAUUUAUUAUAAAUUCUAUGUAAAAGCGUGACGACGAGAGUCGAGCGAUCGCGACGAGGGCCGCUUGAAUCCUCCUAGCGAUUAAUCUGUGUAAUCAGUAUUACGUUUCUUGCUUGUUAGUUCCUUCCAAAGAAUAAACUCGCUCAUAUUUUUAUGUUUAUUAUUUAACACGUCGAUUGUGUCGUAUAUCCAGUCGAUUAUUCGUUUUCUUUUCAUCAUGUCCCAAACUCGCGCGUUGAUGAACCUUUAUUAGUUAACGAUUUAAUCUCGAUCGCGGCCCCGCGAGAUCGCUCCGAUUAGAGGAGUGCUUGUACUUGUAUAAAAGUAGGAAAAUAUAUUGCAUAGUUUAAAGUAAAAUAAAAUAUGGUUUAUAGCGUGUAGAGAAAAAUUCGAAGUACGCGCGGGACGAGACGAAAACUGGCGAGCCCACUCGUCGUGAACCGUACGAAUUCUUGAAAAAGAGAAACGAUUUUUCAUGUGAACAAAGCGACGAGAAUCCCAUAAAAGCGCGACGACCAUAACAAUAUCGGUCCGAAUCUGGCUAAAACGAUCUCAUGAUUCUUGUCGCUUCGUCGAGGAUGACACAAAGCGUUUCUCAUAUCUGACAGGACCCAACAAGACUCGAUAUUGUGUAGCAAAGAGGAAACGGUAGGUAGCACGGUUGUUUCGCACUGCCAAAUAAUAAAAACGACAACCUGCGUUCAUUGUGUGGAUCGACCGAUCGUUGAAAGCACCGCCGGUGUUCAUUAAUCCACAUAGCAGUUCUGCAAAAAAAAAAGAAAAUUGCAGACUAAUAGCUAAGAGACAGAAGCGCGGGCGUGCGCGCGAAUGUGAGAGGCGUAAUAAGAGAGAAAUAUCCGAGUGUCGAACAGUGCUUUGUCUUUUUGGAUACUUUCAUGUACAAAACACGAAUGACGGUUUAUAGCUCAAGAACAUUAAAGAGAUAGAUAUUGUAAGAGAAUAAUAAUAAAUAAUUUCACGGUUACGAUAUCGUA